ACAGUUUUUCAUAAGUAUCGAGAGGUAGAUUAUUUCACAGCGACCGUUACUGCCGUGAAUGCGGUGAGCAAGGGAUCCACGACAUUCAAAAUUCGCAUUCAACAAAUCGUCAUUGGAAUCGACAUCGAUAGUAAUUGCCCUCGAAAGAUCGAUCAUCCGACCACGUUUCGUGUGACAAUUGAUCAAGUUGGAACAGAAUCGUGUUAUCUGAUUCGAUUCGGAAACAACAGUCAUAAUUACCUCUACAAGGAUGCUCCAGACACGUUAUGCGAACAGAGUUUCCUCGACCAAGUGUCUCCAGGCCAUACCUACGUCUUCAGUGGAAAGUCUUUCGUUCUGAAUUAUACGUACGCGUUUAUCGACGUGUAUUGGCCCCGUUUGAUUGGUUCAAAUUUGGUGUCGAAGCUUUGGAAGUUCCACAAGGCUGUGGUUGUCUGGAAUCACUGCGAUUAUCCCAAAAUCGAUAUUUUUAACAUCGGAAAGAAUAGGACAACGGCGACUGAUGUUUUACGGUCGCAGGUUUUCAUGGUUGACACGCAGAAUAUCGUCCUUUGUAAAGCUUCUGUGACAACUUCUUUUCUAUGGGAGGUCUACGAAGUGAACCCCGUUGAAGGCGGUAAUGACACGCUGUUUAUCUUUGCUUCAAACGUCGCCGUUAACAACCCAAGAUUCCGCAUCGAUAUCCGCCUAUUACCAUACGGUUUGUAUAGAAUGAAAUUUACGAUCACUAUGCUAGGCAUUGACGGGGUAGUCGGUUUCGACAACGGUUUCAUUCGGAUCAUUGAAUCCCCGUUGAUCGCAACAGUCAACGGUGGUUCGGGCAUUUCAAAAGGCUACGCGCAAAAUGUGACAAUCGAUGCAUCUGGUUCCCAGGACCCGGACGUCGGGCCGGGAUUUUACGAGAAUAUAACAUUGAUCUGGGAGUGCCUGGUCGAAGGGAUUCCCAACACGCUAACCCCGCAGGAAAUCAGCGCUGCGGAGGUGAAGUCUGGCUGCUCAGGCGAUGGUUUUAGUGUUUUAAAGAAUGGAAGCGCUGCCGAUUUGGUGUACCUAAAUUCGAAUUUCACCGUCCUCCCGAACGUGAACUACGCUCUACGGUUCACGGUUAUAAAGAAUCAUCGUCGUAUGAGGUCGUACUUCAACAUCCACACACGUGAAAAAGAUGUUCUCAAUGUUUUUGUCAAAUGCCUUCAGAACUGCAAAAAGAAACGAGUCUCUGCCGUGAAGCUGGCUUACACUGGCGGCAUCCGUGGUCUCGAAGAUCCUGAAAUAUUGAAGCGUGUGACGUAUAAGUGGAAGCUCUACGAGGCGCCAGAACGUGGUCGACUUUAUCGCAUUCGUAACGACGCGUGGAAAGUGGUGAAGACUUUUGAAACAGAUUUCGUGAUAACGGCAACCACAAAAGAUACGGUGGUCAUCGGGGAAAAAGUUCUUUUGCCUACAUCACGAUAUCGUUUGAGGCUUUACGUCACGCUGGAUGAACAGACUGGUUUCGCUGAAGAAGAACUAUUCAUGAACCAGCCACCUAGCGGUGGAGGUGUGAUAGAUCCUGCAGAAGGCUACGCGCUGGACACAGAAUUUCGCGUCUCUUGCUCAGGCUGGAGCGACCAAGAUGUCCCGUUAUCUUACAAGUUCGCUUACAAAACAAGCGAUGAAGACUUCGAACAGUUGAUAUACUUUGGAUCUAAAAGUAAAACGCCACCCGUCAAACUUCCCCUGGGUAAAGCUCACUUGAACUACUCCAUACAAGUCAUCGUAGAUGCUGCUGAUUCAUUACUAGCUCCUAAUGUAACAAUCCUGAACGUCACGGUCACGGCUAAGCCUAUUACAAGUCUCGCAGAAUUUGAGACGCAUAUGCUUCAUAUGAUAUCCAAGGAUGGACCACUGGGAAAUAUGAUGGCCUCGGGUGAUGCUCACAGCGCUACACAACUUGUGGGAGCGUUGAGUUCUCUUCUUGACAAUCUUGCGAACAGUAACAGAACUUCGAAACUUCAGUUAGAGAUAGACGCGCUGGAGGCCAUUGAUAAAGAGCAGUUGAAACCAGAAGAGAUUGACGCAAUUAAUCAACAAAUCCAAAUUCUUCAGGAAGCAGAUAGAAUUCAAGUUCAGAAUGAAACGGCUAUUCGUGUUAAGAUGAGGAAAAUAAUGGAAAAUGUGGUUUCCGAAAUACCAAUCGACAGCGUUGAAGCCAUCCGUGAAAAAGCGACAGCCAGUGCGUCAUUGUCAAACACUCCUAACGAAGUCACAGCAGAAAUGCAGGACAGUGCGAUGAACGCGGCGAAUCAAAUGAUCGCUUUCCUUGGCAACAGCACUCAGUCAGAAGAGCCCCCGAACCCGCAGGAUACUUACAACGCUGCUGGUGGACUUAUCAACACACUUGGAAAUUCGAUGGAAGCGUCUAUAGAGACUGGAAAAAGCUACAACGCCUCAGAUGACGGUGGUGAUAACACGACAAAGACGGAUAGUGCUAGUAAAGGUCUCGUUACAAAAGCGAUGGAGAACGUCGAGAAUUUAGCUUCGGCCGUUUUGACGCAGAAAUUUGCCGGAGAACCGGCGACCGAGGUAAAAACGGAACGCCUAUCCAUGGCCGUGCAAAGGGCUGAUCCAUCGGAAAGCGGGAAUAUUGGGGCGAACACAGGAGGUGGAAACUUCAUGAUGCCGAAUGUCGGGGCUUUGUUCGGUAUUGACGGAAACGAUACGAAAAAAAUACCACCUGUUGAUACUAAGGCUGUUUCAAAUUCGAAGAAUCCAUUCGCUUGGGACUCGACUUCGUCGAAAGUGAAGAGCAAGGUUAUGACGAUGGAAUUGAAGAACGCCUCGGGCCAUCCGAUCAAAGUGAGCAACCUAUCCAAGCCAAUUGACAUGUGGGUGCCACGUGGGAUGUCCGUGGAUUUCUCGCUGUACGCCGUGAACCACGGAAGGUUUCUGUACAGAGCAUUUCCCGUCGUGGAGAACGAUACCUCGAUACAAGUCGAGAUUCUCGCCGAAGAUAACAACACAGAACUCAUCGCUUAUUUGCGCUUCGGAAAAUUUCCGACCGAGGAAAAAUAUGAUUUUAAAUACGUGCUGCCCAGACGUGUGUUUCCCGUCAAGCACUCGGGGAAUGGAACCGCGAACAAGACAAAAACCGGUCGGGAAAUAAACCCUUACAUCUUGUUCCGGUCUAACGAGGAUCUGAACAGAACAGCCGCGGGAAAGUAUUACAUUGGCGUUAAGUACAACGGGACAUUUGACCCGCUGUACGAGGCUGUUAUCUCUGGUGGGAAAAUAACAUAUAAAGAAUUCAUUCCACCGAUUGCAAAUUUCACGAUGAGAACCUUCACUUCGUCUUGUUUGUACUGGAGCAUCGAGAAUGAUACAUGGAAAAGCGACGGAUGUGUGGUCGGCCCAAAGACAGCUAUGGACGGGACACAAUGUUUAUGUACGCAUCUGACAUCGUUCGGCGGAGAUAUGGUCGUUGCUCCUAAUACGAUUGACUGGAGUGCGAUAAGCUUGGAUAAUCUUUUCAGCAAUCCUGUCGUAUUCGCCGUCGUGAUGUCGUUCAUUUUUCUGUAUUUUAUUCUGCUUAUUCCCGCUCGUAGACAGGACAAGAAAGAUUUGGAAAAGCUUGGCGUGGUUCCAUUACCUGAUAACGACCCUCGUGAUCAAUACAGCUACGAAAUCACCGUCUACACUGGGUUCAGCGCCGAGGCCGGAACGACGGCAGAUAUUUUCUUCAUCUUAGAAGGAACGCGAGACGAGACGCCGGUGAGAAUGUUAAAAGAUCCCAGCAAGAACAAAAUCUCCGUUGGGAGCAUCAACUACUUUCUGUUAACCGUUCCUUCGUCUUUGGGGAAAUUGAGAAGCCUUCGUAUCUGGCACAAUAAUGGUGGCAGUUCUCCAUCUUGGUACUUACUACGUCUGAUGGUUCACGAUAUCCACAGAGAUACCAAGACGUGGUUCCUCUGCGAUCGUUGGCUGGCUGUUGAAGAAGAUGACGGUCAGAUUGACCGAGUCCUCCGACCGGCAGGCGCCGGAGACCUCACGAAGUUCAACCUCUUGUUCCAAAACGAAGCUCGUAAAAACCUCUCCGACGGACACAUCUGGUUCUCGGUCGUCAAGAGACCUGCCCGCAGUAACUUCACACGUGUACAGCGGCUGUCGUGUUGUCUGUGUAUCCUGCUGACCACAAUGCUUGCAAACGCAAUGUUCUACCAAAACGACCCGUCGUCGUCUGGCGAUGGUGUACUUAAGGUGGGUCCGUUCAUACAGCAGCUCUCUAUCGCUAUCACGAGCAGUUUGGUUGUGCUUCCUGUCAACUUGUUUGUCGUCUGGAUCUUCCGAAAUGCACGACCAAAGAAAACGGCGAAAGAAAAGCAAAAGGAAGAAGAAGCCAAAUACGAAUCGCGGAAAAAAAAGAACGUUAAAGAAUCAAAAUCGAAAAAAGGAAAAGAGGAAAAAGAUGGGAAAAAGAAGUCUUUGCCUCACUAUAUGAUUUACGUCGCAUAUUUCGCGAUAUUUAUCGCCUGCUCUGUAUCCGCCACGUUCACCGUUUUCUAUGGCCUGACGUUUGGCAAAGCCAAGUCCGAAGCGUGGAUCUCAGCUAUGAUGAUCUCGUUCUGGCAAGACGUGCUCAUCUCGCAACCGUUGAAGGUCUUUGCCGCUGCAACGCUGUUUGCGCUCAUUACCAAAGAUCCGAAGAAGGCAACUGGGGAGGAUGAUGAAGAUAAAUUACCAUCGCCAGAGCUUCAAGAGGACGAGGAAUACACGGAGAGGAACAUGGAAGGUCGAGGUUUGGUAUCAAUGGCCCGAAUUGACCCUAAACCACUGGAUCCACAGAAACUUCAGGAAAGCAGGGAUUUAAAACUGAAACAAAAAAAGAUGAAAUAUAUUCUCUACGAUAUAAUCUGGUACUUUAUAUUCGUGAGUGUCCUACUGAGCGUUGCCCAUGGUAACAAGGAUAAGGUUGCCUACGACACUACCUCCACCAUGUCAAGCAUGUUUGAAGGAAGCAGUUACACGAAUUGGAUAGAUUUUGGCGAGAUAACCGAUCCUAAACUGUUCUGGUAUUGGAGUCGAUACACCUUAUUACCCACACUUAUCCCAAACCAGUGGUAUGGUCCAAAUCAAAUCCUAGAAAACGUGGUCUGGGUCAAAAGUGAUCCGUUGAUCUCGCGUUCUCGGGGCGCGCGUAGCCGAUUGAAUUUGAACAAAAACAAGGUUCGGAAGAUUCAGGGGCGACCAGGCGAGUUCCCGGACAUGAGCAUCGUGCUGAAUAAUACCUUUCCAUUCCCGGAACAUUUCGUAGCCGACCGUGCGACGGACUAUACCGUCGGAGUCGCGAGAUUCAGACAGCUGAGAGUUAAACCAAAUCAAUGUUCAAUUCAUCCGGCAUUUCAACACAUGUUCCAAGAGUGUAACAGUUUCUACAGUUGGGAGAAGGAAGACGAGGGUCAGUACCUGGAGGGGUGGGUGAAAGACCCCAAGGCGAAGAUCAAGAAGAAUGAUACAGCCACUGAGAAACAGAAAAAUGCUUGGCAAUACAAUACCGCUUGGGAACUGAAAGGGACGCCAUAUUGGGCAUCAUUUUCAACAUACUGGGGAGGAGGUUUUGUCGCUGACUUGGGUCACAACGAAACCUUGGCGAUGAACAUGACUGCCUACUUGCAGGAAAAUGAUUGGCUCGACCGUUACACACGGGCAAUAUUCUUAGAGUUCACGACAUACAAUCCAAACGUGAACAUGUUCUGUCUAAUCACACUCGUUUCCGAGAUCAUCCCCACCGGUGCCUACUAUCAGUUCAAUCAGAUAUACCCAGUGAGACUCUAUCGUUACUACGGACCAAAUCUUUUGGCAAUCAUGGUGUUAGAAAUCACCCUUAUGACAUUCCUACUUUACUUUGCUUAUCGCGAAUUCAAGAAAUGGCGCCGUGAGGGAAGGCUGUAUUGGAAAGAUGCGUGGACGUACAUGGAAUUGCUCGUUCUCUCUUCCUGCUUCUCAACAAUCGGUCUUUACUUCGCCCGGAUGGUCGCGACUAAUUAUUCUAUCGGUUUAAUGCGAGAUGAUCCACAAUCCUUCGUGAGCUUCCACUACGCCGCUGCGUUGGAUCAAUGGUCGACGUUCACCCUGGGAAUGGCUGUGUUCUUUUCGUUCCUGAAGACGCUCAGCUUGCUUCGUUUCAACAGACGAAUGUCGUUCAUGAGCAAAACAUUGAAGAUAUGCUAUAAACCGCUUGCGUCUUUCUUCCUUGUAUACAUCGUCAUAUUCUUGGCCUACGCUUCCUUCGGGUUCAUCGUCUUCGGUAAAAUCGCUCCGGACUAUCACACAUUCCAAUCGUCAAUGGCAAAUGUACUCGGAAUGACUCUGGGCGCUUUCAACUUCCAUGCCCUGGUCGAAGCGCACCGAGUUCUUGGUCCAAUUUUCUUCUUUACUUUCACGUUCGUUGUCAACUUCAUCCUGAUCAACGUCUUCGUUGCCAUUAUCUCGGAAGCGUUGAAUUCGGUGACGUCCGACGCCUCAAACCAGUCGAACGACCACGAAAUUCUCGACUUCAUGGUCCACCAGUUCAAGUCGUACAUCGGAUACAGAGUUUCGCCGGCGAUAAAGCCCGUGUACGUCGAGCCGUUGUCGGGAGUCGACGAAUCCUUCGAUCAGAUUGAAAAGAAGACGGAGAAAGUUGAAAUGGCAUUUCGGAAUCUCUGCAUGGAAGAGAUUCGCCAUGCGAGCUGGUUCGAUCCGGAGAAAUGUGCGAACAAAAAGAAGCUCCUGCUGCGAUUGCUGCUUCACGUCGACAACGACAUGACGGAGACGGAGGUAUGUGACGCUAUCCCUCUCUUCGAUGAGGUGAUGCGUGCUUACACCGAGAAAGAUUUCAAGAACUGGCUUGUGGAAUAUGGCGAAGAAUUUGACGAUGCAAUGACGAUGCGUAGUUCGGUGUUGUUCUCCCGCGCGACUCUCUACGAUUCCGACGACAGCAGUUCGGGCGAUGAUUCUGAUGACUCGCUUGAAGAAGGAAGAUGGUCGCAACUCUCCGGUACCACCGUGGCUUCUGUUGACGAAAGAAAUCUGUUUUCAGGCGCAAGUGAAGUCCCCGACGCACGGAUUGGAAGCGUCGAAGGGUACUAUCAAAGAUACAACGAAAGGCCUCCGUCGACGGCCGAGAGGUUCUGUCGGACGCCGAUGACGGACUCAACGACAUCUCUGAAUGCAAGCAUGUCUUAUAUCGACCGGUUACUUCAGCAAGACGAUGAUUCCCAGAGACUGUUUAUCGAGGGGGGCGAUGAGGGGGGAAUGGAACCCGAGGAUUCGGACGACGACGAUUUCAAGGAGGUUGAAGAAGAAUUGAUGAAAAUGAGAACACCUGAACCAGCAAGUGACACGGAGGAACGCGCCGAAUUUUGGAUGUCGAACUUGAAGCCGACCACCCCGGAGGAAAUGGAACAAGGAUCGAGCGUGGAACUCCACAGAACGAGUCCUAGAGAUGAUUUCCCGCUCUUUGAGAGAUCCCUCAAUUUAGGAAAGAACAAAAACAAUGAAUAUAAUGUAUUUGUAGAAGAAUUCAGCGAUUAGUUAAGCAGCAACAUUGCCUUGUUCAAACUGGUUACCUUUUGCAUUGGUUUUACUGCAUGGGAACAUUGUAUUUUCUCAAAUCAGUUCUGCCAAACCAAAAAUGUCUAAGUUUACAGUUUAUAUUAAAUACUUCCAGUAAAAUAGCAGUCGUAGAAAGCUUUAAAACAUUUCAUGUUCACUAAAAAAACGCUUUAAAAUGCGAACAAUAGUUUCUACAAGAUCCUCGCUUGUUUGCAGCCAGAGAAAAUUUCAAAAAUAUCUUGAUGUUUUCUAGUUUUUCCAUGACGUUGAAGCAUUUAAACGUUGAAGCAAUUUUAAACUAUUUUAUAUAUAUCUCGUCAUGUGUUGUUAAAUGACUUCAUACUUACCUAGAUCCAAGUUUUUCGUAGACAUUAUGCACAGUAUCUUAAUAAGAUUUUUUGACAAGCUGAGUAUUGCAGCAGCCUUCGGAAGAAUUUGCACGAUUAUUGCAAGCAUAAAAAUAAAGCACGGUAAUAUAAUUGCCAUAGUGUAAUUUUUAAUACGAAAUAUUGUAAGAAAUAUGAUGUAAUAAUUAAGCGCUCAUUAAAGUUAUUUUGAAUCAUC